UAGACCUUUUCCGAAGUUAAAUCGAAACCCAUACCCAUACCCACACUUUUUCAAUCUCAGCACGGCCGAAGCUCAACCCAAUCUGUCUUCGGAGUUAAAGGAUUGCAAACGUAUUAAGAUAUGCAGCAAGUGGGAAAUGUGGAUCCUGGACCGACGGUUGGUACACAGUUGACGCGGCAGCCGGUUCAUCGAUCCACGCUGCUUUGGGAGACGCCAGCCGGUCAGGUAGUGCCAGGCGUGCUAAACUGCAGACGCCGAAGUUGCAAGUUACCCGAGCAUGGGCUUGACCCACGGAUUGCUCGGUACAUAAAUGAGGCGGGUUUUGAAGGGUUAUUCAAGGUUCUAAACUUGGAAGUGGAUUAUGCGUUGAUCACAGCACUAGUUGAGCGUUGGCGUCCGGAGACGCACACAUUCCACCUACCGCAUGGAGAGAUGAGCAUCACCUUACAAGAUAUUGAGGUGAUGCUAGGGGUUCCUGUUGAUGGGUUGCCAAUUACUGGGGCUGUGAAGAUGGAGUGACCUACGUUGUGUCUUGAGUUAUUGGGUCAUCGUCCACCAGACCCGAUACCGCAUCCCCAUGAGAACACCUCUAUCCUUGCUGGGGCGAGGCUCAGAUUCACGUGGCUGGAUGCACUAUUUAGUGGUCCCCUAGCUGCGGAUGCUACUGAUGAGGUAGUGCAGCAACAUGCGCGCUAUCACAUACUCGAUCGGUUGGGGACGAUUUUGUUUAUGGAUAAGUCGGCAGAC